CAUAUUUACUACAACACGCGUUUGCAUGAUACAGGAAUCAGGACGCGUCGAGAGACCAUCAGUUCCAUGGUUCGUGAAUAUUGCGCCUUCUAUCGAUCACUCGCCAGCCAUUGCCAACAUUUGUAUGUAUACACAAACAAGAUCCACUCGAAGUACCAGCUACAGCGGUCAUGACGCGAAGUCUAGCAGCUAUAGCAAGAACACUACCCUUCCACAGAGUGAUAAUUCUUCACGCUGAUUAUUAGUAUCCGUAAUGCGGUACUGCUCUUUCCAUACUGGGCGGUUGAUAAGUUAGAAGCAUGUCAACAAGAUCUGUACUAUCCUUGUCAGACAAUACGAGCCAUGCGGUCGGUAGCCUCCGAGCACUCAAACGAUCGAACAUAGUACCACUCCCCACCGCAUCACACGAUGAAACGUGCUGCAUAUGCUUGGAUGUAUAUGGUCCUUCGCACAAAGUCGUCACUGUGCUCAUCAAAGACUGCUACCAUCGCUUUGGUCAACAAUGUCUUGAUGACUAUCUCAACAGUGAUAGUCCUCGUAAUAACACAUGUCCUCAAUGUCGGAGAGAAUGGUAUACACGACAAGCUGCUUGGAUGGCAACAAGGGACAUAAGCACAACAGAGAGUUUAAUAGCUUUCAGUUUGCCGCGAGAGCCGGCUCGAUUCGAGCGACGGGCGAGGACGCAUCGAACGCAGCGUACUUGGGCAUAUGACCGGGCUACAAACAACAGUCUCAUCAAUAGUCAUAUGGAUGAGAUCUUCAGGCGACUGGAUUUAAUCCAGAACAUUAGCGAUGAGCAACACACUUCGAGUGCAGAUACCCGCGUGCGUCUUCAAGCAGUUGAGCGCCGUGCCCGAAGGCUUUACCAGGAGCUUCAAAGAGCAUAUGAAGACAACGCAGCAUAUCAGGCGCCUUCAAGUGCAGGGGUGCGUACGCAAGAGCCAACACGAGACCUGGGCACUUCUGGUCAAGACAGUCGUCUAGGAAGGAGACGCUUGAUGGAAACAAAUUCGCUCGAGCUUGACCAUAACCCUUACUCCCCAAUGAGCAUCGCAAAUCACAACACAGAUGCAGUGCCACGUGCCACUCCAACGUUGGAACAAAUUUCAGCGAGAACCAACACCUCUUCAGACAGUACCUUCGAUAUUCAUCGGGAAUCUCCAUCUCCGCCUCCAGAAGAUCCGAUCAGUCCUGGUCACUAUGCAGAGUAUCUGCGGUGGGGUGGAGACAUGAUCUCAAAUGAUGACCUACCUAGAUUACGAGAGUCUUCAGAAUCUUCUGCAAAUGGUUCGGGUUUCGCGCGUGUAUUAGGAGCAAGAGACCGUCAGCAUACCUCGAUCAUAGGUUCACCGAAGAGGACGUCACUACUACCACGACUCGUAUUCAUACCUCGAAUGUUACACCCUAAGAACGCUAUAAACGUCUGGCCAACUAAGCAGUGCCACAAGAUACAAUCUCAACUACACGGCUGUAUCUCAACAACGUAUUUCUAGUACACACACGCCUACACAGCUGUCUCGAGGUUAGCCCCAACCUCGUAUAAGUCUCAAUGAUGUAAUGAGCCAAUGAGACUGACCACAGAUAACAUACCGUACGAGUCUCGGUCCGGGUUGGGAGACUUUUAGUAUCUCUUAUAGGUUUC